GUACUGUUUAAAACUCGAACGUAAAUAAUGCAUGCGGGUGUAUAGAAUAGUAAAUUGGCUGAUAUUAAAUACAUAAACAAAAUGUAACUUAUUUAAAAGCAAUUAAAAUAGUUUACGACUUGUUAUUCAAUGAGUGGUCUCUUAAUUCAGUGAUUGAUAUCGCACAAUGGAAGCUGAUUCAACUACUUUGGACACCAGUCCGAAGGAUACAAGUUUUGAGCCAGUUUUUCCUUUCCCCGUUAGCCCAGGGAACAAACAGCUCUACAACACUUUUUCAACACACAGUGGUGAAAGGAGUCUCGAAUGGCAGAUUAUUGAGAAGCUGCAAGCACAUGGACUUCUGCCCAAAACAGUGAAGUGCCCCACAGGGAAGGCCGAGUGCAGAGUGGUGUGCAAAAAUGCUAGAGUUAUUGAUAGAGUCCAAUGGGUGUGUGAGCCAUGUGGGACUCGGCAGCCGGUGCGCCUUGGGUCUUUCUUCAUGAAGCUCCAGUGCUCCCUGCUGCAGGCUCUGCAAAUCAUCCUCGCGUGGAGCGAGGAUGCUGACAUCAUGCAGGCUGCACAGCACUUUGGAGUGAAAGAUCGCGUAGCAACCGCCAUCUACAGCAAGAUGGAUGACCUGGCGAUCAAGGCGCAGCUGAAGGACCGGCUGGGAGGCGAGGACAGUGUGGUGCUCGCCGAGAUGUACCCGGACUGCGUCAACAGGCUGUCUCCCGACACUACAGACACACCACAUGUUCAUAGGAUACUUAUGCUGGCUGACACUAAUCAUAUACCUACUCGCUACUGGCUGCACGUCAUAAAAGAGGACAAUAAGAAAAUACCAGCAAAUAGCUCAUUGGACUCUGAGCAUCUGCGAGCAACAGUAGAAGAGGUGGUGAAGAAGGCGACGCUACCCAAUUCAAUAAUAGUGACCGGCAACAGCGUACCCGCGAUAGAGGGCGCCUCCUCCACGCAGCAGCUGCUGCAGCAUUGCGAUGCCGAUAUGCAACGUUUUCUGACUUCACGAAUUUGGCGCGGCGCGGUGACGCUGUGCGCGGCGGCGCGCGAGCUGUGCGCCGGCGCGGGCGCAGGAGCCGGCGCGGCGCAGUGCGCGGGCGCGGCGCAGCGCUACCUGCACGCCGCGCUGUACCGCGUCGCGCGCGCAGAGCUGUUCGCGCACGCGCUGCAGCUUAUCGCCGAUGAUACUACACAAGACAAGUUGGAAUAAUACAUUACAGUCGAC